AUGAAGCCGGGGAGCCAAACCCACGGAACGCCUCUUAAUUUUUUAUUGCUGUUUUCGCGCAUCGGGUCGCCGUGUGCCCGCGGCUGCCGAGGGGGAGUGGGAAGGGCUGGUUUGGAAGCAGGAGAGCAGAGAGCAGCGUUUGCACGGGGAGCCCCUUUCCCGGGGGGAAGGAAGGAAGGAAGGAUUCCCGGCUGGAGCGGGAGGAGCGGGCGCUGCGGGGCGCAGGAGAGAGGGGGCGGCUCCUCCGCCUGCCUCGAUUUUAACAGUGGGAAGAUGCUGAUGGACAGGAAUGAAUCCUGGCUCUCCAAUUUCUCCUCUUCUGCCUCCUCCUUUGCAAGGGGAGGGGUUGGGCUCCAGGAGGUGCUCGUGGGGCUUGUCCUCACCCUCAUUGAUGUGGUGACACUGCUGGGGAACACCGUGGUGUUCCUCUGCCCCGUGGUGGAGAAGAGGCUGCGCACUGUCACCUACAUGUUCAUCAUGUCCCUGGCCACGGCAGACUUCCUCGUGGCCUGCCUGGUGAUGCCCUUCAGCAUCAUUUAUGAGGUGACAGGGAUGUGGCUCUUUGGGAAGCUGUUCUGCAAAGUCUGGAUCUCCUUCGAUGUCAUGUUCUGCACCGCAUCCAUUGUCACGCUGUGCUUCAUCAGCCUGGACAGGUACUGCUCCGUGGUCACCCCCUACCACUACUCCAGAAGGAUGUCCCGGGGCAGAUGCAUCGUGAUGACCUGCACGGUCUGGGUAUAUUCCUCCCUCAUUUCCUUCCUUCCCGUCAUGCAAGGCUGGAACGAGAUCCCCGGGGUGGACUUUGAUGCAGGCAGAGAAUGCAUCUUCGUCACCAACUGGGUUUUUGCCAUCGUGGCUUCCGCCCUGGCCUUUUUCCUUCCCUUCAUGGUCAUGUGCAGCAUGUACUUCUUCAUCUACCGAGCCUCCCGCCUCAAGGCCACCCGCAUCAUGUCCCAGACGCUGGAGAUCCACUACCACCCCAACAGCAAGAGGCAGAACCACCUGCAGCUGGAGAACAAGGCCACGAGGACCAUCAGCAUCAUCAUCUCUGUGUUCGUGCUCUGCUGGCUGCCCUACUUCGUGCUGAACGUGUGGCUGGCGGCCCGAGGCACCGACUCCGCCAGCACCGUGCUGCUCGGCACCUUCAAGAUCAUCACCUGGCUGGGCUACUGCAACUCCACCAUCAACCCCCUGCUCUACGCCUUCCUCAACAGGGACUUCCAGCACGCCCUCAAGAAGCUGCUCCUGUGCAGGCGCAGGUCUCAGGUGGACGUUGGGGAGGACAUGGUUUCCAUAGCCACGUUUUCCAAGACGGCUCCAGACCUGGAGUACAGCGCGACGGUGCCCAACGGGGCCCCAAAGGGCAAGCCCAAGUCAUAGGGGUUCAGGAGCAGUCGCUGGAGGUGGGGAUACAGAAAGUGCUGGAGCACAUCCCAAUGGAAAAACAAAGGGUAGGAAAAUAGGGAAGGAGGGGUUGGAAUAUUACAGGUGGGGACAAUACUACAAAGAUGCUUUUCUUCACCUUCUACAGUUUCAACAAUGAGAAACUCAGAUAUUUUAGGGGCAGUUUGUUAUAUAUUAAUGGAACUAAUUCAUUCCUGGAUAAUUAUUUUUCUAAUGAGCAUUUUCCAAGAUAAAUUCAACCUUCCUGUUGGGUUAAAAAACCAAACCAGUAUGGUAUAACAUGACCUUACAUUUGUGCACAUCCUGGUGAUCUGUGUCAGGUGGGACAAUGUUUCUUAUCAAGCCACUGUAGCUUUUCAUCUCGAAGUUUCAUUACAGAUUUGACCAGUUUUAGUAACUCCACGUGUGCCAGUCUGUGUAUGGGAAUUAGAGGAGGGAUGUGCUCACUUCCUAAAGAGGCACCACUCUGCAGCCUGGGCUGCUGCUCAGGGUUCAGCUCACUGGCUUCUGCAACGUCUGGAUAUUCAGAACUUUCCGUGGCUUUCUGUGAAUUAUCUGUGGGUUUCCUUGUUAAUUCUGGAAGGGGACAUUCCUUGUGGCAGACCCCAGGAGCUGACAAAGACUUGCUGUAACAGCAGGAGCACUGCAGUUUCAAAGCCACAGGUAGCUGACACCACCUGAAGAUGGGAUGUGAACAGGAAUUAUUGCUUGUGUGUACACUGUGGUAUCUACCACAGAGACAUAAAAAAAUCAUGGUAAAUGGAAAUGAUUAUUUUUACUACUCCCAAGUGCUUGUCUGGACUUCCAACAGCACUGGCUCCCUGCAAGAAAGUCUCAAGUGCCUCACUGAAGCGUGGCUCUGAAAAGGUAGCAGGGGACUGUCCUCAGAGGUAGCAAAAUGCAGUAGGACCUGCCUGGAGCAGCUGAGCUACUGAAGAUGCCAGCACAAGGGUCAGGAGUUCUGUCUCAAGAGCCUGGUACAAAAAACAGCCCUGACCUGGGGUUCAACAGUGGUUCUCCUGUGAAAUGACUCUCCAUGGAGAGGGAGAGGUGUUCCAGACCCUUUGACUCCAGCAACAACGUGGAAUUGAUCUCUCACUCACCCAGCAAGCUGACAUUUACAAGCUUCAAAAAAAUCCAAGAAACCCCCCAAAAAAAGGUCAAUGGAGCACAAUAUUGGCAAGCACAGCAGCUGGAGCCAUCUGCUUAGGAGAGCAAAGG